CACAAACCCCUUCCUGGUGGUGAAGACCGCGCUCUCACUGUCCUGCUCACGCGGAUUUAGACCUAUACCGGCGGGCCUCGCUGCUCUCGUCAGACACACUCACAACGGCAGCCUCAGGCUCUCGCAUCUCGGGGUCCCCCAAGGCUCGCUACCUAUAGUACCUUACUAGCACUGUCGGAGCGCGUCACAUCAUGCAGACCGGGGUAUCCUCCACUGUGAACUGCUAGCGCCGACGACAAAGUCCCGAUGGAUAUGCCCUCGACCUAGGAAUGAAGGGCUCCAACGAGCCUUCUAUCUUCACCUCCAAGGACAGCCUGAACGACCGCCCACUGCCACCGAACCCUCCUCCGCUACACUUCCUGCACAACGUGCGCUCCUCCUCUCCCUUCCGCCGACCCACCUCUCCUCUUCUUCCGCCGCAGACGGCUGCUAGUGGUCGCUCUGCGAGCGCAACGAGAGAUUCUGUCGGGGCUCCGUCUGCUGCGAGUCCCAGUCGACGUCAUUCUGGACUAGCAGCCGCAGAUACUGACCGGACGCCAUCGAUAUGGAACUCCUUCUCUAGGCGCUCCACCAGCCCUCGAAAGGAGUCUUCGCGAUAUACGGGGACGAGUCGUGAGGGAUUUGCGACACCUUGUGCAGAGCAGCUGUCAUUGCUUCACGACCAACCUUCCACGCCGACGAGUCGCUCGAAGCGAAAGCUCGGCCUCGACCCGACGCCAGUCGAGCACGCCCCUUCGCCUCAGCGCUCGCGCAAGCGUGCAAAGCUGCGACCGCGCUUUAAGCAUAGCCUCAACGGGAGCGCAUUUGGCCCGCCAGACGGCCUAUCGGUCGAGGGGCCGUCCUCUCCUCUCUUCUUCAGCAAUAGCCCUCGAGCGCGUCCAGAGCUGCCACGCUUCUUGUCAGGCGAGGCAGCAGCAAGAGCAACCGACAUGCUGUCGAAGGCUCACAGCGAGGAAGGCCACAUUAAGACAGUGAGCCUGGCUCGUGGGACCGUAUCCAGCCCCGCUGCUGGCUUGGGUUCGACGGGCGCGCCAUCCCAUCGUAAAAGCUUGGAGCGCACCAUCACACAGCGGAGUAGCUCCGACGGUGGACUCCACAAUGUACAAGAAGGUCAUGAUGGGACGAGUGGAAUACUCAAUUCAAUCGGGAUAGUGGAGUUGCUGGAGCAAGACGAAAGACCAACGUUCAUCGUGGAUUUGGGCGAUAGUGCCAAUUAUGGCUCCGGUCCGCUACACCCCGUCUUCUCCAAUUCAUCUCUGCGGUCGCACGAAGGAAUGCAGGCGUCAAUAACUGGGAUGACUUCUCGUGAAGCAUCACGAGGAUCGCAGACGUUCCUCCAAUUCAAGUCUUGGCUCUUGAGCGCAUCUGUCAAUGGCGAAAGCCUGAACGUCUGUCUGCCUCCUUUUCCAUACCUAUCUAUGACCUGGAGUUGUUCCACAUUACGCAAAAGGCUUCGGGUCAUUAGUGGGACUUUGGACUCAACCUCGUCCAAUUCCAAGUCGUCUUCCGCAGCUGCAUUUGAGUUGAGCGCGCCUCCGUCAGAAUUAUUGCCUCGUAGGACGCCUGCAGAACCCCCUGACUAUUUUGGUGCAACAGCUCCGACCAAGAAUGUCAAUGCUACAGGCGCAGGUCGCUCUGGUGCCCCCGAUAUCAUGCCCACCAUCGAGGCGCAACAGCUCGACCCCGAGAUACUACAAGAUGCUCAAAAACUCACCCUCCUGGCGGACAUUGAUCUUUCUGGCGCCACUCAGCUCCUGCCCAGUGCAAACACCCAAAUUCCGGUGGUUUCAUCCGAUGCGCCGUCUUUCGACUGGACGAGACUACCCGUGUCCGACACUAUGCCUCGCCACAUCCAGUUCGCACGCAGCAUAGAUUGGGCCUCCACCAGCCUUGGCCCUAUCGAGAAUUGGUGUGCGAAUCUGCGUCAGGCCGUGAACCUCAUCAUGGCGUCUCCCCACCCCGCAGCAAUGUACUGGGGAGACGACCUGAUCGCGAUAUACAAUGAGGCAUACAUCUUACUUGCUGGCCAGAAGCAUCCGAGUUUGAUGGGUACGAGUUACAGAGUGGCAUGGGCAGAAAUUUGGGACGAAGUUAAGGAUGUUUUCGCCAACGCCAAGUCGACAGGAGAGGCCACAAUGAAGGACGACGACUGCCUCUUCAUCCGAAGAAGUGACCAUCUCGAAGAGUGUUACUUUUCGUGGUCCAUCAUUCCCAUGGUGGGCAGCGAUGGGAGCGUCAUGGGCCUUUAUAAUCCUGCAUUCGAGAAGACCAGAAGGAAGAUUGCGGAACGAAGGAUGCUGACGUUGCGCGAGAUUGGCGAAAGGACUGCGACUGCUCGGGAUGUCAAGGCGUUCUGGUCGCAGGUCCUCGGGUCAUUCGAGUUCAACGAGCACGACUCCCCUUUUUUGCUUCUCUACUCCGUCACCGAAGACUCAGACAGUGAUGCGAGUAGUAUUCAAUCCGGAUCUAAUUUUUCCUCGCGGCAGUGCAUACUCGAGGGCGCUCUGGGACUCCCAGAGGGUCAUCAAGCAGGUCCUGAUCAUAUCGACCUGCGAGCUGGCAUGGAAGGCUUUGGUCCAGUCUUUCGGGAAGUCAUCAAGACCGACAAGCCCGUUCUGUUGGAGGUAGGGAGUCGGGAUCUGCCCGCGAGCCUGGUGACUGGUUUAGAGUGGCGUGGUUUCGGAGAUCCUGUGGAUGCCGUCGUAGUGUGCCCGAUCCGUCCCACGACAGGGGAAAACGUACUGGGAUUCCUGGUUCUGGGGGUCAAUCCACGACGGCCCUACGACGACGAUUACAGCCUGUUUAUCCAGCUCCUGAGUCGGCAGCUGGGCACCUCGCUUGCUUCUGUGGUAUUGUUUGAGGGGGAGAUCAGACGAGGGCAGAGGGCUGCGCAGCUUGCGGCACUGGAUCGUAUAGAACUAUCGGAGCAGUUGGCUCAACGUACAAGGGAGGCUAUAGACAGUGAGACCAAGUUCACACGCAUGGCGGAGUUUGCCCCGGUCGGUAUGUUCAUUGCCAACAGCGAGGGCAAAAUCACAUUUGCAAACGAUACAUGGUACGACAUUUCGAGAGUGCCGAAGAAUGCCAGCAUGGCCGACACGUGGACGGACGCGGUGAAACCAGAAGAUUUGCAUAUUGUGCAAGAACUGUGGACGGAGCUGGUGAUCAACGUCAAGCCAGUUUCCAAAGAGUUCAGAUUCAAGGCGCAAUGGCGAGACGGCAAUGGCGAGAGCAGUGACACGUGGGCCCUCUUUUCCGGGUACCCAGAACAAUACCCAGAUGGAAAGUUGAAAUCAAUAUUCGGCAGUAUUACAGACAUCAGUCAACAGAAAUGGGCAGAAGGACUCCAGACUCGAAAGAUGGAAGAAGCUGUUGAGCUGAAGCGACAACAGGAGAAUUUCAUUGACAUUACCUCGCACGAGAUGCGCAAUCCCCUUUCCGCCAUCUUACAAUGCGCCGACGACAUCGCAACAUCACUCACCAAAUUCCGCCACGGCGGUGAGCGGACCAUCUCCGACGAGCUGCUCGCCAGCUGUUUGGAUGCGGCACAGACGAUCAGUCUUUGCAGUCAGCAUCAAAAGCGGAUCGUCGACGACAUUUUAACUUUGAGCAAGCUGGAUUCAGCAUUGCUGCUCGUCACUCCCGUUGAUGCAGAACCCCUGACCGUUGUGCGCAGAGCUCUCAAGAUGCACGAAGGGGAACUCCAGGCGGCAGAUAUUCAGAUGAAGCUCGUUGUUCAUAUGUCCUUCCGCCAGCUCAACCUUAAUUGGGUGCGGUUCGAUCCCAGUCGAGUGCUCCAAGUGCUUAUUAACUUAACGACAAACGCGAUCAAAUUCACUGGGACAGAAGAUCGUCGCACCAUCACCGUCACCAUAGGAGCUUCUGUGCAGCGUCCUAGUGAUCAGCCAGAUGCUCCCGUCAAGUACUUUCCGACUCGUAAAAAGGACAAGGACAUACUUCCUGAGCAUGAAUGGGGCACCGGCGAGAAGGUCUACAUCCACUUCGCGGUGCGCGACACGGGCCGUGGCCUGUCUGCCGAGGAGAAAAAGCUGCUCUUUAUUCGCUUCUCCCAGGCUUCGCCCCGCACCCAUGUCCAGUAUGGUGGCUCUGGAUUGGGCCUCUUCAUCAGCAGAGAAUUGACGGAGCUCCAAGGCGGUGAGAUUGGGGUCGAAAGUGAAGCGGGCGAAGGAUCCACCUUCGCCUUCUUUGUUGCUGCCCGUAGGAGCAGUCGGCCGGUUGAUAGCGCCCACGACGCUUCCGGCGUCAAGCGCGCCCCAGCCCAGGCAGUGAAGGCGCAGAGCAAGGCGGUUCCCUCACCUCAAGGUGCCCAUGUCCAGCCCGCCCAAGGCACAGGUGACGACCAGGUCAAGUCUGCGCGUCCUCAAGUCACCAAGGUGCUUAUCGUAGAAGAUAAUCUUGUCAACCAGAAAGUGUUGCGUAAGCAGCUCACCAAUCGAGGCAUGGAAGUCCAUGUUGCGAACCAUGGAGGAGAAGCACUGGACAAGCUGAUGCAGUCGACAUAUUGGCGUGAUGCCGCCAGCAUGACAGACCGGCUCGAGAUCGGCGUGGUCCUCAUGGACCAGGAAAUGCCAGUCAUGGACGGCUUGACGGCAACCCGCAAGAUCCGAGAGUAUGAAGCACAAGGAAAGCUUACAGGACAUAUACCCAUUAUUGCUGUGACGGCCAAUGCGCGGUCGGAGCAGAUUGCGGCCGCACUCCAUGCGGGAAUGGAUGAUGUCGUCUCGAAGCCGUUUCGAAUCCCAGAUCUUGUGCCCAAGAUCGACGAGCUCUUGGAGCAGUACCCGUUGCCGUGAUGGGGAUGGGGAUGAUGCAGCUGAGAAACAGGACCUCGAGAGUGGUGAGGGAUUGACGACAGGUCAGUCAAGCGAGGGAAGUCAACAGAAGAUUCUAUAGCGGCGGGUGCGAUGACAGAAGCACCCGGUUUUAAUGAAAGUGCUGGUUGCCGACCAUUUUACUCGCAGUGUGCUCAACCAUGGCACUGGAACGCGAAGAAGGAGUAACUAGGUCAGGUACUGAUAACAGCGAGGCUACAACUUUCAGCUCUCGGCGAUGGAUGGUCGAAAAACGCCACGCAAUCAACGAUGCAGCCUUGCGAGAGCAACUGCAUAUCUAGGUAUCUAUUGAAGUGGUCUGUACUUUCUUACUGCAUGCAUGAAUGUAUACCUCAUGCAUGAAUGCAUGAAUGCAUAUGAAAGGCUGGCCGGACUGACCCCACGCAAGUUACACGGCGUGUACGUCUGUCCGUCUCGGACACGAACACGUCAAGGGUGUACAGCAGUAGUACAUUACCACUCCAGAUACACACAUACAUAC